AUGGCGAUAGCGAUCAUUUUUCUUGCUUUCUUCACACGGUAUGCGUUGAGUGAAGAUUUUUUCAGAAUGGGAGUAAAUACUAAUGUAGCGGAAGCUAACCAAUUUCUUCGAGAAUAUGACCGAGAAGCUUCAGGAAUGUGCUACAGAGUAACAAUGUCGCAAUGGAAGUUUGUAACCAACAUCACAGAAUAUAACCGUCGGAGAAUGCUCGAAGAAUUAGCACUAAAUUCUAAAUUUGAAAAGCUCUCAUGGAAAAAAGCAGCAGCUUACGAUGGAUCCAGAUUAUCAGAGCCUCAGGGCAGGAGACAGCUGGCUAGGAUUGUGCAGGCCAGUAGGGCUGCUUUAUCAGAUGAAAAGUUUACUGAAAUACAGCAACUAAUAACAGAAAUGAAAGAAAUCUACAAUUCAGCAAAAAUUUGUCCUUACGGCCAAAAGCCAUAUGACCCACACGUACCAGUGGUACGGUCGUAUCCCACUGAGUAUCCCGAAACUAAUCGAGGAUACCAACCUUACCAGCUAUCAAACCAACCUUUCCAACAUUACCAACUGCAGCAAGAAAAUUCAGACUACCCUAAUUAUUGUGACAUGCAACUAGACCCAGAAAUUUCGAGAAUUCUAGCUCAUUCUAGAAUAGAAAGUGAACUGCUAUACGUCUGGAAGAGUUUCAGAGACAAAACUGGUCCAAAAUUAAAGAAUCGAUUUAUGAGAUAUGUGCAACUAGCUAAUGAAGCAGCCGUUAAUACAGGCUUCAGAGAUGCUGGCGACCAAAUGCGAGCUGCCUAUGAGGAUCCUUCAUUCAGAGCAAGUGUAGAAGAGACUUACAACCAAGUAGCGCCAUUGUACAAGCAAUUGUUCACUUAUGUACGAAGGAAGUUGGUGUUACGGUAUGGAGAGAACAGUGUGAGGCCAGAUGGACCUAUACCUGCACAUCUGUUAGGUAAUAUGUGGGCACAGAAUUGGAAAUCAAUCAUGGACUUGGUGAUGCCAUUCCCUCAAGCACCAAACAUAGAUGUUACUUCUGAGAUGUUACGACACGGAUUCACUCCUUUACGAAUGUUUCAAAUGGCGGAAGAGUUUUACACGUCCAUGGGUCUAAAACCGGCACCGCCUGAGUUCUGGCGCGGUUCGUUGCUCGCGCGACCUCAGCGCGCUGUACAAUGCACUGCUAGUGCUUGGGACUUCUGCAAUAGGAUAGAUUACAGAAUCAAACAAUGCACGGAAGUGUCGAUGCAGGACCUGAUCUCCACUCACCACGAGAUGGCCCACAUACAGUAUUACUUGCAGUACGCAGACCAGCCUCAGCUGUUUAGGGAUGGAGCUAACCCUGCUUUCCACGAAGCUGUAGCGAAUGCAGCGACACUCUCCGUGUACAAUUUGCAACAUUUACAGAGAGUGGGACUUUAUCAGAACAAAUCGCACGAUCCUUAUGAAGUGAGCAUGAACUUUUUGAUGUCAAUGGCUUUGGAGAAAGUCGCAUACUUACCUUUUGCGUUUAUGGUAGACCAGUGGCGUUGGUCGGUUUUUGAAGAUGGCGUACAUAACAUGAACACAAGAUGGUGGCAAAUGAAACUUAGAUUUCAAGGCGUGACUCCACCAAUUGCAAGAACUGAAGCAGAUUUUGAUCCUGGAGCGAAAUAUCAUGUCAUAUCUGAUCAAGAAUACAUAAAAUACUUUCUAGCAACGGUCCUAGAGUUUCAAAUAUUCGAGCAACUUUGCAUCGCGUCGGGACACGCCGGUCAUCUGCACGAGUGCGAUAUAUACAGGAGUCGGGACGCGGGCAGAGUUUUAAGUGAAAUAAUGCAGCCUGGGGCCUCUAAGCCAGCAUCUGAAGUAAUUAGGAUCAUGACUCGCGGCAAGACUAAUAGAAUCUCCCCGGAAUCUAUCGUUCGGUAUUUUCGACCACUCGAGCUCUGGCUGCGCGUACAAAAUAGAGACGAACAAAUCAUUGGCUGGAAUUCUAACUACCAAGACGUGGCGCUCUUCGCCCCACAAAAAGCUUCAUCUAAUAUUAAUAGAUUAUCUGUUGGUUUGUUUAUUUGUGUUCUUGUAUUGUUG